CUAACACAUUUUCAUUGCCAUAUAUCACAGAGAUGCAGACAUAGCAUUGGACAAAAGCCAAACAUGUCUGAAACGACAAUCAACCUUGAAUCCUACCCUCCAAUGUUUCAACAACAAACUAACCAAACCACCCAAAAACAUGAACCAGAUGAUCAUAAUCGGAUCCAAGAAACGGAUCCAAUACCACUCAUAGAUCUCCAGUCCCUAAACCCAGACAACCUAGCCCAGGCUUGUAAGGACUGGGCCCUGUUUCGCUUGGUCAACCAUGGAGUUCCCUCAACUCUUUUGAACCAACUCCAACAUCUUGUGACCAAAAUUUUCGAUCUUUCCUUUGAAUCCAAACAAGCCCUAUUUGAAACGUCACCAGUUUCCUACUUUUGGGGUACCUCUGCUCUUACCCCAUCUGGGUCUGCCUAUUCAAGAGGUCCAGAAAACAUGAACUGGGUUGAAGGCUUCAAUGUUCCUCUCUGUAAACUGUCCCAGUUGGAACAAGAUGAAGAAGAUCCCAUGCUUUGUUCUCUCCGGCUUUUGAUGGAAGAAUAUCGAAAACACAUGGCUAGAAUUGCAAGAGCACUAUUCGAAGCUAUGGAAAUGGGCCUCAAACUUGAUCCAGAACAAUCCAAGUCCAAAUUGUCGGAGCCCACUGGGCUUGCACGCAUUUAUCGCUACCCGAUUUGUCAUAGCCGAGAAGAGGCUGAGGCAUGGGGGAUCCACAAGCACACAGACAGCUCAGUGCUUUCCAUAGUGGCCCAAUUCGAAGUGGGCGGGCUUGAAGUCUUCAAAGACGACAAAUGGAUCCUUGCGAGGCCCAUUCUGGACACUCUAAUUGUCAACCUUGGAGACAUGAUGCAGGCUAUAAGCAAUGACGAGUACAAGAGUGCGAUACACAGAGUGAAAGUAAGCAAAUAUAAGGAGAGAAACUCAAUCUGCUACUUUGUUUUCCCAGAAGAAAAUUAUGUGAUUCAGAGCUCAAACUACAAGCCUUUCACCUACAGAGAUUUCCAAGCACAAGUCCAAAAAGACGUUAAGAAUCUGGGCUCUAAAGUUGGGCUUGAAAGGUUCAGGUUUUAUGGGCCUGUCAUGGACUGAAUUAGAGUAGAGAUUUUGGGCUUUGUUACUAUGACAAGCAUUUAUAACUAUUAUUAUAUAUGGAAAAUGUUUAGUGCACCAUAA